AUGCCUCGUCCAAAAAUCAAUUUGGGUCCCCACAAAGCUGAGAUUUGUCGCCUGAGGCGAUCAAAAGUACCCCUCCAGGACAUUGUCCAUCUCCUUGACCACAAAUACGGCAUCAAAGUUGCCCUUCGCACAGUUAACAGCCGCCUUUAUGAGUGGGGCUUUGGUGCCAACAACGGCAAGGCAGCCAAGGACACGGUUCUCCAUGCUCGACUUAAAGCCCUGAUGUACGAAGAUGGGUUGGAUGACCAGCAAAUCCUUACUGCGCUGCAGCGUGAAGGCUUUGAUAUUAACGCUCGUACGUUAAAGUAUGUGCGAUAUCGCCUAGGCUUCCUGCGCAGACGGUGGCCUCUCACCGAGCAACCCGCAGAACGAUGUACCGAGACUCAGCCUGACGCGGAGUCAACAACUCACACAACCAGCCCCGACGCUGCGCAAAGCAUCUCACCAGGGACAAGUCGUGCUCCCCAGACCAUUUCCCUUCCAACCAUUGUUGCGAUUGAGGGCUCGACGGAAGUCCUCGGCAGCGCCGGCGAUUCCGCCAGAGUCGUCCGCGUGAACGAACGUUUUGCGGUGAAAAGCGGCACCGGGGUUCUUUCUAUCGAGGCGGAAAACUUGAUAUUUCUGGCGGAAAACAGCGCAGUCCCUAUACCGAAGGUAUAUUCAACACUCCAGGAUCAUGAUACAGCCAAGACGUAUAUCAUUAUGGAGUAA